AUGGACAUGGUCCACGAAAGCCCAUGGAUCGACCAGAGGGUCUGUCCUGCGCAGCUGCGCUCGACUCCCGCCUACGCGGAGUGGAGGAUAAUUCGAGUGGUUGGCAUCUUCCCCUCGACCUACAAGGACUCCGAGGCCCAGACCGCUACCCACGAGACUCACCAAGAGGUCGAAGUCAAGCUUCCCGAACCCAAAGCCGGACGGGAAGGUCAGCACUCUUCGUCGUUCACUGCCAACGUCGACCUCCCGCAGCAACCUGAACAGGAGCACCGUUUCGGCAACGAAGAGGUCCACUAUCGUCAAGAGGAGCAAUACCACCGUCCCGGUACCCAGCACGAGCACUUUGCCUACGAAGAGCGCCGUCCUGCCGCCCCUCGCACCAACUACACCAACACUCACAUCGAGGUUGACGCCGCUGCCCCCGCUGCCGCCCAAGCCUUCACCAGCCCUAUUGACGUUGCUGAACGUCAAUACCGCGAACGCUACACCCGUCCCCAGUUCAACGUAACUGUCGACGGUCCAGGUCGCGCCACCUACCAAUCCGGCACCACCACCAACGUCAACAACUUUACCGUUGACGCCCGUGUUCCCGGCUCCGCCCCCAAGGUCGACUCCAAGUUUGUCUCUGACGAGACAGUUGAGCCCGCCCGCUACUCCACCGCCCACCAGAAAUCCAAGAUGGGUUACUACGACGAGGACGGUCACUACCACUCCUUCCGCCAGGGCGUCCACAAGCUCGCGGACCGCAUUGUCCACCCCCGUGGCCAUGAGCACCACCAUCACGUGGAUGUCGACGUUCACCAGUCGGCUGGUCGUCCCCGCCCCGGUGACAGCGCCGAGUCUUACCUGCCCAACACCGUCACCAUCCCCUGCCACCACAUCCGCCUCGGCGACUUCCUGAUGCUGCAGGGCCGCCCCUGCCAGGUCAUCCGCAUCUCGACCUCGUCCGCCACCGGCCAGUACCGCUACCUUGGUGUUGACCUGUUCACCAAGCAGCUGCACGAGGAGUCCUCCUUUGUCAGCAACCCGGCCCCCAGCGUUGUUGUCCAGACCAUGCUCGGCCCUGUCUUCAAGCAGUACCGUGUCCUCGAUCUCCAGGACGGUCUGGUCGUCGCCAUGACCGAGACUGGCGACGUCAAGCACGGCCUGCCCGUCAUUGACCAGUCCAACCUCUCUGGCCGCCUUGCGAACGCCUUUGAGUCUGGCCGUGGCUCCGUCCGCGUCAUGGUCCUCAACGACAACGGUCAGGAGCUCGCCGUCGACAUGAAGGUCAUGCACGGCUCCCGCCUCUAG